ACGCGCUCGAUCCGCUCUGCCGGGCGGCGCGGGUCAGACGCCCAGCACGCGCUCCACUCGCCGGUGCCACCUCCACGACAGCAGACCCGAGCGCCAACAGCGCACAGCAGAUCACGAGCGAGGUGAUCAAGCCUGCAAUCUGAGCUAACGCUUACCUGCUAUGGACCGCUGGAGAGGCAAAGUCGCGCUGGUAACUGGUGCCAGCGCCGGCAUCGGUGCUGCCAUCUGUCGAGAGCUUGUGCAUCACGGAAUGACGGUGGUUGGAUGCGCCAGGAAUCACAAACGAAUCGAGGAGCUGGCUGCUGAACUGAAAGGUUCCUCCGGUUCCCUGACAGCGAUGCACUGUGACCUGACCAAGUCGGACGAGAUUGAGGCCAUGUUCUGUGCUAUCACCAAACAGUUCGGCGGCGUUGACGUCUGCAUUAACAACGCCGGCCUCAAUUUUACCGGGGGCCUCCUUGAUGGCGCCAUCGACAAGUGGCGCACUAUACUGGACGUCAACGUCUUGGCGCUGGCACACUGUGCUCAGCUGGCUAUUAAGGGCAUGAAGGAUCGUGACGUCACCGAGGGACAGGUGAUCAACAUCUGCAGCCAGGCCGGACAUAUGGUGGGCCCAUAUCCAAACAGCCAUUUCUACACGGCGACCAAGUUCGCGGUGACGGCCCUGACCGAGGGGCUCCGCCAGGAGCUGGCGGCCGAUGAGACGAACAAAAUCAGAGUUGCGCAACUAUCGCCCGGCCUCGUGAAGACCGAGAUCGUCGGCCGCAUGCUUAACGACAUGGCCCGCGGUGACGUCAUCAUGGCCGGCGGCAUGGACGCCAGCGCCAUCGCCAAAACAGUCACCUUUGUCAUGUCCCUUCCGCCUGAUGUGCAGGUUCAUGAUGUUCUGAUGAGGCCGACGUCUCAGAAAAGAUAAGCGAUCUACUUCGACCGGCAUGGACGAUGAUGAUGUCACGCACGUCGAU